AUGAGGGGGCUUUUAUGCUCCCCACUGCUGGUGCUACUGUUCCUUCUCCAGCCCUGGGAAACUCAGCCCCAGGCCACAGCUCCCAGGUGCCACACGGGGCCCCUGGAUUUGGUGCUGGUGAUCGACAGUUCGCGCAGCGUGCGCCCCUUCGAGUUUGAGACUAUGCGGCAGUUCUUGGUGGGCCUCCUCCGCGGCCUGGACGUGGGGCCCAACGCCACGCGCGUCGGCCUGAUCCAGUAUUCGAGCCAGGUGCAGAGUGUCUUCCCACUCGGCGCCUUCUCGCGUGUGGAGGACAUGGAACGCGCCAUCCGCGCCCUGGUACCUUUGGCACAGGGCACCAUGACUGGUUUGGCCAUCCAGUACGCCAUGAAUGUGGCCUUCAGCGUAGCCGAGGGAGCCCGCCCGCCGGAGGCGCGUGUGCCGCGGGUCGCUGUCAUUGUCACGGACGGGCGGCCCCAGGACCGAGUGGCCGAUGUGUCUGCUCAAGCACGAGCCCGUGGCAUCGAAAUCUAUGCUGUGGGGGUGCAGCGUGCAGACGUGGCAUCUCUGCGCGCCAUGGCGUCACCUCCCUUGGACGAGCAUGUGUUUCUUGUGGAGUCCUUCGACCUGAUCCAGCAGUUUGGCUUGCAAUUCCAGAGUCGGCUGUGCGGAAAGAACCUGUGUGCGAAGGGGACACAUGGCUGCCAGCACCAGUGUAUCAACACCCCAGGCACCUUCCACUGUGCCUGCAAGCCUGGCUUCCAACUGGCAGCAGACAACAAGAACUGUCUGGCACAAGACCUCUGCAACGGUGUAGACCAUGGAUGCGAGUUCCAGUGUGUGAGUGAGGGUCUCUCUUACCGCUGCCUGUGCCCUGAGGGCCGGCAACUCCAGGCUGAUGGCAAGAGCUGCAGUCGGUGCCGGGAAGGCCAUGUGGACCUGGUUCUGCUGAUCGAUGGCUCCAAGAGUGUCCGCCCUCAGAACUUUGAGCUGGUGAAACGCUUCGUGAACCAGAUCGUGGACUUCCUGGACGUGUCCCCAGAGGGCACGCGCGUGGGGCUGGUGCAAUUCUCUAGCCGUGUGCGCACCGAGUUCCCGCUGGGCCGCUAUGGCACCGGAGCCGAGGUGAAGCAAGCGGUGAUGGCAGUGGAGUACAUGGAGCGUGGGACCAUGACCGGGCUGGCCCUCCGCCACAUGGUGGAGCACAGCUUCUCUGAGGCUCAGGGCGCGAGGCCACGGGCCCUCAACGUGCCUCGGGUCGGCCUGGUCUUCACCGAUGGCCGCUCCCAGGAUGACAUCUCCGUGUGGGCAGCUCGUGCCAAGGAGGAAGGCAUUGUCAUGUAUGCCGUGGGUGUGGGCAAGGCGGUGGAGGAGGAGCUGCGCCAGAUUGCUUCGGAGCCCUCAGAGCUUCACGUGUCCUAUGCUCCUGACUUCAAUACCAUGACACACUUGCUGGAGAACCUCAAAGGCAGCAUCUGCCCGGAGGAGGGCAUCGGCGCGGGCACGGAGCUCCGGAGCCCUUGCGAAUGCGAGAGCCUCGUGGAGUUCCAGGGACGCACAUUGGGGGCGCUGGAAAGUCUGUCGCAGAACCUGUCUCAGCUGACAGCCCGCCUGGAGGAUUUGGAGAACCAGCUGGCCACCCAGAAGUGAAGGCCUGGUAGCCGCUGGGGAGGCUGGGGCACGCCUCUAUAGAUUGACUGUGUCCCCUGGCGCGCUGCCCUGUCGGGAUCGGUACCACCUGGUCCCUUGGACUUGGUUUGUUGUGCAAGAGGUGAUGGCGGACUCCCAGCGUUGUGCUCGAGCUGGCCCUGCCGCACCUGAAGUCGCACUGCCUGGGCCCUGCCGGUGUUCUGGGCUUUGGGGGCUACACGCUCUCUGUGCGUGCUGCGCUCAGUUCUUUGUUGGAUUCGCCUGUGUUUUCUUUUUCUUUAAAAAAAAAAUUAAAAUCUCGUUUCCAUGG